AUGCCGCGAUUCGACUUUACGUUCCGGCAGCUCAUCUGGGCAAGUGUCGUGCUGCACGGAAUCCUCCUUGUAUACGGCCACUGGCAGGACACCCACCUCGUCGUCAAAUACACCGACAUUGACUAUGUCGUCUUCACCGACGCAUCCAGAUACCUCACCCAGGGCGAAUCCCCCUACAAACGUGCCACUUACCGCUAUACCCCGCUCCUGGCCCAGUUGUUGAUGCCCAAUAUCUGGUUCAACGAGUCCUUUGGCAAAUGGAUCUUUACCGGAGCCAACCUGCUGAUCGGCGUGUUGAUCCAAAAAAUCUUGCGGUUGAGAGGCAUGUCCGAGUCGAGGGCUGUAAAGUUCAAUGCAAUCUGGUUGCUCAACCCCAUGGUAGCCAAUAUCUCGACAAGAGGAAACGCCGAGAGUGUCAUUGGAGCCAUGGUACUGGGAUCGUUCUACCUAAUCAUGAAGCGGAGGAUUGGAUGGGGCGCGUUUUUGUAUGGACUGAGUGUGCACUUUAAGACCUACCCGAUCAUCUACUCGAUCUCGCUGCUGGUCAUGAUGGAUGACAAGUACUUUCAGGUGCAAGAUAAGGAGGCAUUGGAAGCAGAGAAGGAGAAGGAGGAAGGUGGACGGGGGGGUCAGGCGAGCAGUAGCGGCCAUCAUAGCAGUGAAUCCAAGGACUCGGUUGUUGUCAAGGCGGUCAAAGAUCUCAUCAACUUUAUCACAUGGCGUCGUGUCCAGUUUGGUCUCCUGAGCGGUGGCUGGUUCUUUAUCUUCACCGGCGUCAUGUACUACAUGUACGGAUACGAGUUCCUGUACGAGACGUACUUGUACCAUGUCACAAGGAAGGACCAUCGCCAUAACUUUUCGUUCUGGUUCUACAACAUCUACCUGACGUUCACAUCGCCCACAGGAACACUGGUCGGUGUCUUGACGUUUGUGCCCCAAUUGGCGCUCGUCCUUGCAAUCGGAUGCUGUUUUGGCAAGGAUAUCUUCUUUUGCGCCUUCCUCCAGACAUUUGCCUUUGUCGCAUGGAACAAAGUGUGCACCGCACAGUAUUUCAUGUGGUACAUUGUCUUUUUACCACUCCUCAUCCCCAACCUGGCAUCAAACCCGCGAAUGAGUCUCAAGUCCCAGGGCAGGAACAUGUUGAUUGGCUGGGUAGUCUCUCAGGGUCUGUGGUUGUCCCAGGCCUACAACCUCGAAUUUCUAGGCAUGAACACGUUCUGGAACUUGUUUAUCGCCUCUGCGUUGAUGUAUGCGAGCAACGUCUGGAUCUUGGUCGAGUUGAUUACAGGGGCGACAUAUGAGCCGAUCUUUGGAGAUCGCGGAGUCAUUCGUCAAAUAUGGUCUCCACGUUCAUAA